ACUUUUGUACUUUAUUGGUACAGUUGCUUCUCUUUGAUUAAAAUAAAAAAUGGGUGUGUGUAUAUAUAUGUAGUAUAUGCCUUAGAAAAUACUAUAGCUUUAGAGUUUUCCCUCUAAGAAACUUGUUGAACAAAUGACUAUGGAUAAGGCUGUGUGUGUGUGUGACACAGGACCAUGUGACUCCACUAAAGAAACAGUGUGUGAUCGUCAUCAGACUCUGUGCUCUACAGCUUGUGCUCUUCCACACACCUAAUGGUUGUCAGAGCAGGAAUGCGAUGGCAGCAUGCCAUUUGUGUUGUGUACAAGCAUUACAGAAACUCUCAUUCAGUUCCAGUACUGCAAUCUACAUCACGUCAGUAAAGCAUUUCUGCAUGCAUUUCAGAGAAAGUUGGGACCUUGACAGCUGUAUUGUGUAUUGUGUCUUUUCUUGAAUCUUGCAGUGUGUUUCUGUGUAAGUGGCGCUUUAAUUCUACCGUUUCAGAUGAGCCAUACGUGCAUCACAUGGCAGAAGACUUGAGACAAAUAUAAUGCAAUCCAAUGCCAUGGCCUUCAGGGAAAAAGCGACCUCUGUGGUGCUUUUAUUGUUAUGCAUUUAUGAUGAUAGUCCAAGAAAAGGUAUUGAUUCAACCCUGCAGUGAAUUUUGAGGGUAUAUUUGUGGUGGUAUUGGAAUGGAAUCUAUUAGAACAUAUAUUAUUACGUAAGUUUAUAUGGUAUCAGAGGUUUAAUUUAUGACAUUCAUGUUUCUUAGCUUUGAAGUAACUGUUUACACAUGUAUUGUAAGAUAAAAUCUGCCCAUCCCUCACUAUGGUAACAGGUGAUGCAACAGCUCCAGAGCCCGCCCUCGUUAAGGCGUCAUUGCUUAGCAACGCAUAAACUUUCAAGAGCAGAGAGACGAACGGACAAACGGACAAACGGACAGCCCAACUGACUUGUGACGCUGUUUGGCCAGUUAGCUUGCAAACUUAUCCAACCAACCAAGUGCAAUGUCCAAGGCACAAUCAAAGAAAAAGGAUUCCUCCUCCAGUAAAGUGUCUUUAUCCGACCGACAGACAGAAGCCACUUCCUCCGAGAGCCUAGAAGGUGCAUGGAGAUGCAAAUUCCCCAUUUGGCCCGAGUUUAAUGAUGCAGAAGUCAGCAAGGAGAAAUGGAACUCAAGUAAAGGAGCUGAAGAUGGAAAGACGAGCAAGAGUCACAAUGCUGUAAAUCUGUUUUUUGAAGAUCCUGAGGGAAAAAUUUUCCUGCCCCCAUCUCUGAAAGUGCACUCCUGGAAGCGUCCUCCAGAGUUUAUUGUCAACAAGGAACUUUCUGUUGUUGAAAAUCAAAUGACCUUUGACCUGAUCUCCCCCAAUGAUCAUCUGAUUUUCAGUGAGCUGAUGAGGUGGAUCAUCAGCGAGAUCUAUAUUGUUUGGAUGCUACGUAACUGCAAAUCUAUAGAACAAGAAGGCUGGAAACCUUGGGAGCACAUCUACUCACUAUGUAAGGUGGUGAAAGGUCAUGUGCCACUCUACAACAACUAUGGGAAGUACGUGGUCAGACUGUACUGGAUGGGUUGUUGGAGGAAGAUAACAGUUGAUGAUUCCAUGCCGUUUGAUGAAGAAAACAACCUGCUUCUCCCUGCCUCCACCUGUCAGUCAGAGCUGUGGCCAAUGUUGCUGGCUAAGGCUCUCAUUAAAGUGGCCAACACAAAUGGAGUGUCAGAGGCCUGUUGGAAGAUGGGUGAAUUCACCUUUAUCCAUACCCUCACCGGCUGGAUCCCAGAGAUCAGUCCUAUAAAGUCUUUCUGUGUGCAAAAAACCUGGGAUUUCUUACAAUGCACCAUUCCCAUAUUCACACUCCCAGAUGACGGUUUGCCAGAGACGAAGCUUCAGUCUGCAGAUCCAGCUGCAGGGAGAGAUUCCGGCUGUAAUGACAGCGAGAGUCAGCUGCCAGAGCUGGAGAAAUGUAAAGGUAUUCCCGAGGUAGUGGUGUGUGCCAGCUUCUACCCUUUGCCGCUCCAAACCAAUUCCUUCUCAUUUGGGUUUGGACAAAUGGCUGAUUCCUCGGAGGUUCUGCGUCAGUACGGCCUCUCCUUGAUGUACAGCCACAUUGUCAUGUUGACCAGAACUCGUGCAUGCCUGCUGGAGGCACCACCCAAACCUCCACCUGUGCCCCGAUGGAAGCUCAUUCGCCCGCGCAAGGAGAUCGUGGUCACAGAUGAACCACAGAAACUUCCUUUGUCAAAGCCAGAGCAGUUCAUUGAGAUUGCCAGCCCUUUUCUCUCCUACCAUGUCAAGAGAAGCUUUGGUCCGAUCUCAGAGUUAGAGGCCGAGCAGAGCGCUCAGAGGAAGCAUUCUUGCGCAUCCCCUCUGCUGUCCAUCGCUGAGAGAGAGGAGACCGAAUGUCGAGAGAGCCUUGAACCUGAUGCGGCUGUAUGCGCUGCUACCUCACCAAACAGCAUGACAGACAAAACAGAGGUUACUGCAGAGGACAGAAAGAAGGACGAUGAUGACAUCUCCAAUGAACAGCCCAAAACUUCAUUGAAGAAACCUGUGGCUGAGAAACUCUCAGCUGCUGUCAAACCCAUCCUGCAGGAGACCUGGGUGGACUUGGAUGAUUUUGCUAAAUGCUUUCAGACUCUUUUGGUUUUCCAUAAACCACAGAUGUAUCCACACCAGAUCCAGAAGUCUCAUUUUAAGUGCACCGUCUUGUCCAAAUCUGCAGCAGGCACCACCUGUCCUGGAUCAUCUACACACUCUCUCACCACCGGAUCCCUUGCUGUGACAUCUGCUGUAGCAAGCGCUAAAUGUCCAGAGGUGAGAGGCACUCACUACUUGUGUGUAGACAGCCUGCAAUCUUCCCAGAUCCUCAUCAGCUUCUCUCCUCUGCUUCUCUGGGGAGAUGCAGCUGGGGAGAAAAAGGAAAUGUCCGCUGCAAGUGGGUCCGCAUUGCUCAUGGUCCAGCCUUACUCCUGGAAAAGCCUGCAGUCUCAACUGCCAGUUCUCACCAUCAAGACCACCUCUUCAAAGGCAGCCAUGCUUAACUUACCCCCAGGGCGCCAUGUCUUGUCCUUGCAUGCAAAGGCUCCCCUGGGCUACCACAUUCACCUGUGCAGCACGACACCUUUCAUCUUUGGGGAUGAAGAAACCGUCAUGCCACAACUUACCAAGGAAAGCGCCGGUUUCAUUGAACAGGCUUCAUCCAUUUUGAGGGCUCUGUCUAAAGUGGUGUCUUCUUUUAGCGAUGAGCAGAAUCAACCAGCAGCCAGAAGAAUGCUAGAAGAGGCUUACUGCCCCCAAAACAUUAACGCCGCACCGGGAGAACUCCGAAAGGUGUUUAACAAUGCAGUUUACCACAUGCUGCAUGAGGCACUGGGCAGGAAGCUCACAGCAGAGGAGCGGUUUGCUGUUAUGGCCCUCACAUCUGACCCUUCACUGUUGGCCUUUGACCACAAAGAGCACACCCCUACACAGUCAAAACCUCCGGAAAGCUGGACAGACAGGCAGGCGACAGACAGGGAGGUCAAGGCAGUCACCACAUUGCAGGCUGGAUUCAAAAGGUACUUGGUGCAAGAGACCUUCAGUGCCUCAAAACCAGGCACGAAGGAGAACAUCAGUGCAUCUAAGAUCCUUUUAGACAUGUGGUCAAAGGUCGAAUCAGAUGCAGAAAAACAUGCUUCCCUCGUGCUACGGUAUAUCAUUGACCAUUCUGAGAAGAAAACAGAACUGUACCCCUGUCAGCGGGACGAAUGGACCAGAAUCUGUUUUGUCGAUUACUCUGUCCCUUUUCAAGAUACAGCCACCUCCUGGGUCUUGGUCUUUAGAGAGGUGUUCCUGAUUUCUGAGGAGAUGCUGCUGGUACCAAAGGUCUAUUGUCCAUUCCCUAACUGGCUGCUGCACGUCAUAAAUAACGACACAGGAGAGGAGUUGGACUUGGUCUUCAACAAAGUAGCACCCCAUGUCUAUCAGCCCAACAAGCAUGGUUAUACCUUUGUAGCAGAGGCUUUCAUACCUGAAUCAUCCCUGGUUGGUGCCAAGUGGAGGAUACGUUUGAUUGGUUUGGGUGAACUUCUUCCAUCACUGUCCCGAGAGACUCCAGUCAACACAUUCUCAGUGAAAGAAUUCCAGGAUUAUUACAUUCCCAAUGACAAAAACCUCAUAUGUUGUUUCCAUGUGCAGGUGACGGCAGAUGUCCUUGGAACAAUUCAGUUCCAGACUUCCAAGCCAGAUGUAAUGAUCCAUCUGUCCAUUCUAGACCAGGACAACAAGGUUGCCUACAACACGGGGAAGGGCCAUGUGAUUAUUCCUGCAUUCUACUUCCUGUCCAACAAAGCCUCCAGUUGCACCAAUGAGAAGGACCAGAACCAGAAGGGAUCCCCCACCCAGGACAAGGCAGCCAAGGUGACUGACACUUUCCAGCGCAGACACAAGGAGGACGGCACAGCUGGGAAAUCAAACUCCUCAUCUGACCAGUCACAGCCUCCCACAGAGACUAUGGUAUCGCUGACAACUGCCUGCGUGGAUCAUAAGUAUAUGGUGCAGGUAGAGGUGCUUUAUAAGAGCUGGGAUUUGGAUGAAUCUCAGCUGGCUUUUGUCCGAAUGCUCAGAGACUUGGAGAAGAAUGAAAUGAGAGUGCACAAGCAAGAGGAGCCUCCAUCCACCACUGACACACCGAGCCAUGCUGGACACAAAUCGGACGCACCCAAAGCCAAGGAGAGCGGGAAGCCAGCUGCUACCUCCAAGUCUGGCUCCGUGCAAGAAAUGAGACUUGACUCGACAAAGCCGAACUGGACGCUGCGUGUGGUCAGUGACCAGAGCAACACGGGCAGCAUCAAGGUGACGAAGGACACAGAGAGAAUGGACCAGAUUAAAGCCUUCAAAAAAGCCUGGGAAAUGGCUGAACCAGGCCGCUAUGCCAAGGCUGUACAGUCUCGGUGCAAGUAUCUCAACCAAGUCCAACAUCAAGAAAGUGAUGGCCCUACUACAGAAGGGGCAGAGAGCAGAGAUCCUGCUGCUUCCAGAUCUGAUCCUGGGUCCUCUCUCAGUCCAUCUAAUACAUCAGGCUCCCGUCCCCCCGUGGACUACACUCACUUCAUCAGAUCCAGAAAGGAUUCUCCAAUGCUGAUCGCCUCACAGAAAGAGGAGAUCCAGCAGAGGGAGCGCAUAGUGAAGAUCCAGACUUACCGGUUGGUUCGAGAAAACGUGCUGGAAGACCAGAAACAACAGCAGCUCAUACGAAAGGAGCUAAUGAGAUGCCAGCUGGAGACGUAUGACAAAAUGCAAGCAGCCUCGUGGCAGCACUGUAAGAAGUUUCUCGAUGCUUGCGAGGCAUUUAGUAGCCGUCAGAUGGCGGCCGUGAAAAAGAAACAAGAUGAGAAACAAGCUCGGGAUGAGGCCCAGCAGUCAGCUUUAGAGCAAACAACCCCUACCUCUGCUGGCACCCAGCAGCCCAACAAACAUGCCAAGAGUGCUGGCAAGAAGAAAUGACAAACUUCCAAUCUCAACUCCCUGAGCAGACACCUCUAAACAAUGGAGAAUCUUUUUUAUCUUCUUUACGUUUAAUUAUACCUGAAGAUAUGACACCUAACCAAUAGAUUGUUGCUGCACCUCACUGAGAGAUGAUAGCAUUAUUGCCUUGCUUAUGUCUUACAGCUCUUUAAAGACUCUUUCUUUAGUUCUUUCAUCUAUGGCCUGUAUUAACAGAGCCACUGUUCAGCCCUCAUAGCAAUCCCUAUUGUUAUUGUUCAUUUUCUUUUUUUCGAUAUAUCAAAUAUAAUUCAAUUGAAAUGAC